AUGGGCUAUAAAUCAAGCUUUAUUGACGCAAUUCUGCUCGUCUUCUUCCUCAGGAAACCUUCUCCGAGAGGGCCCCUGUUUAACGAGGCGGUGAUUAUGGUCACGAGAUUCAUGGCUGAUUACGGCGACACGACUGAAGAAUCGUUGCAUCCCUGGGCUUGGGCUAAUGGAGGCUGGCGGAGGCCGGUGGUCGCGCGACCUGGACCGAUACUGAGGAAGCUUGAAGAAAGAGGAGUGGACUUAGAUCGUCUAUAUGAGAUGGAGGCAAAAGAAAUUGGAUCGUUAAUUCGCUAUGCACCUGGAGGAAAGGUGGUCAAGCAAUACAUUGGAUAUUUUCCAAUGGUACAGGUAGCUACAGUAAGCCCAAUCACUAGAACUGUUUUAAAGGUUGAUUUGACUAUUACACCUGAGUUCGUCUGGAAGGAACGGUUUCAUGGUACUGUGCAGUGCUGGUGGAUUUUAGUAGAGGUGCUUCCUUGCCAGUUUGUUAUUUAUAUUUUGCAAGAUUGUGAAGUUGAAAGUUUAGUUGAGGAGCUUCAUGAUAAUGCCUUUAGAGCUCAGAUUUGUGAGCAACAAUGCUCUUGGAAGACUAUAAUUAUUUUAUUACUGAUGAACAAACCCACUUAUGCUGCUAUAUGUACUCACUCUCCUACCAAACCAGUUCUUAUAUUUGUUUCAUCACGUCGUCAGACCAGGCUUACUGCAUUGGAACUCAUUCAGUAUGCAGCUUCAGAUGAGCACCCUAGACAAUUCCUUGCUAUACCUGAAGAUUCAUUACAGAUGAUACUUUCCCAAGUAACUGAUCAAAAUUUCAGACACACGCUGCAGUUUGGCAUCGGGUUGCACCAUGCAGGAUUGAACGAUAAGGAUCGAUCUCUUACGUUGGUUUGCACCAGUACGUUAGCAUGGGGUGUGAACCUUCCAGCUCACUUGGUUAUUAUAAAGGGAACAAAGUAUUUUGAUGCAAGAGCAAAAAGACAUGUCGAUUUUCCUAUUACCGAUAUUUUACAAAUGAUGGAUCGAGCAGGAAGGCCUCAGUACGAUCAGCAUGGGAAAGCUAUCAUUCUCGUUCAUGAACCAAAAAAGAGUUUCUACAAAAAGUUUCUCUAUGAACCAUUUCCAGUUGAAAGCAGUCUCAGAGAACAGUUGCAUGAUCACUUUAAUGCUGAGAUCGUUUCUGGAACAAUUAGUCAUAAAGAGGAUGCAAUACAUUAUCUCACCUGGACAUAUUUAUUCCGAAGAUUGGUGGUUAAUCCAGCUUAUUAUGGCUUAGAAGACAGAUUUCCUGGAACUCUGAGUUCUUACUUGUCAAGCUUAGCAGUAAGCAAAUUUGAGGAUCUUGAAGACAGUGGUUGCGUUAAAAUUGAUGAGGGCAGGGUUUUCCUCCACGUAUUAUCUGGUGCUUCUGAAUAUGAUGAGCUUCCCGUGUGGCACAAUGAAGAAAACUACAAUGCAGAAUUAUCCAGUAAGGUUCGCUACAUGGUUGACAAGAACCUGCUUGAUGAUCCUCAUGUGAAGGCAAAUCUUCUUUUUCAGGCACACUUUUCUCGAGUUGAACAACCGAUCACCGACUAUGUCACUGAUUUAAAGUCGGUGCUUGAUCAAAGUAUCCGUAUUAUCCAGGCAAUGAUAGAUCUAUGUGCUAACAGCGGAUGGCUUUCUAGUACGUUUACUUGUAUGCAUCUUCUGCAAAUGGUCGUGCAGGAAAUUUGGACUGGGAUUGUCCACCUCAUUUUGGAAAUCCUUCGGGUCACUGGCAGUGGAAAAAUAAUUCUCGAAGUUGGAGAAAUCCUCGGAAGGGGACCUCCGAAGGGGAGACCUCCCGAGGGCCUCAAGACAAUGAAAGACGGUGUUUCACCUCCCAAUGGCGCCGUUGAGGACUUGAAUGUGGAUUCCGAUGGUUGGAAGAUUUUGGCUAAGAACAGUAAAUUCAGGCCACUUAUGCAGCGGCUUCUAGCUAGUUCGGGUGCUCCUGCUUUGGAUAUAAGUGGCAGUGUAUGCGGGAAUAAGCGGAAGUCCACUGAGGAUCUCCUGACAGGACCGACGCCGAAAGAAAGCGGUUUAGCGGUGAAAAUGGUGGAGCCUCAGCAUCUUGACCAGCUUCUACAUCCACAGUUUGUGGAUCCAUCUGCUUAUAAAGAGCAAGUAAUAGCGAAAGGCUUGCCGGCAUCCCCUGGUGCAGCAGUGGGGCAGGUCGUGUUCAACGCUGAAGAUGCUGAGGCAUGGCAUACACAAGGAAAGACUGUAAUCCUUGUGAGAACUGAAACAAGUUCAGAAGAUGUGGGGGGCGUGCAUGCAGCUGUCGGGAUCUUGACAGCUAGAGGCGGCAUGACUUCCCAUGCAGCCGUUGUUGCCCGUGGCUGGGGAAAAUGCUGUGUUUCGGGUUGUUCCGAAAUACGCGUGAACGACUCGGAGAAGAUGGUCUUGAUUGGGGACAAAGUGGUGAAUGGAGGAGAUUGGAUUUCUCUAAAUGGCUCGACUGGUGAAGUGAUCGGAAUAUUGGAGCUGAAGGGAUCGGUUUGUGUAGAACGGAGCACAUGCGAAAGGAAGCUCUGGACUUGUGACUUGUUAUUGCCUUAUCAACGAGCGGAAUUUGAAGGGAUUUUCGGUGCAAUGGAUGGUCUGCCUGUAACAAUCAGACUUUUGGACCCUCCACUUCACGAAUUCCUUCCGGAAGGCGACAUAGAGCAGAUUGUUGGGGAACUAACGGUCGAUACUGGCAUGAGUCAAGAAGAAAUUUACUCCCGGAUUGAAAAAUUGUCUGAGGUGAACCCCAUGCUCGGUUUUCGGGGAUGCAGGCUCGGGAUAUCGUACCCCGAGCUUUCGGAAAUGCAGGUUCCCGCAAUAUUUCAAGCGGCCAUCUCUUUGAGCAACCAGGGUGCCAAAGUCCACCCGGAGAUUAUGGAACUGAGUCAUCAGGUGAGUUUGAUUCGUGGGGUUGCAGUAAAAGUGUUCUCCGUGAUGGUCUCCUCUGUGAGCUACAAAGUGGGCACAAUGAUCGAGAUCCCUAGAGCCGCUCUUGUGGCAGACGAGAUUGCCAAGGAAGCAAAAUUCUUUUCGUUUGGGACGAACGACCUCACGCAAAUGACAUUUGGAUACCGUAGAGACGACGUGGGCAAAUUUCUGCCGAUUUACUUAUCUAAGGGCAUUCUCCAGCAUGAUCCAUUUGAGAAAGGCGUGGGUCAGCUGAUUAAGAUGACAACCGAAAGAGGACGUGCAGCUAGACCGAGACUAAAGGUCAGUGGUUCUGAAGAAUAG